GUAGGGCUUCACACAAGUGUCAUAUUCGCAUUCGUAUCAGUAAAAUUUUCGGAAGAGUUUAUUAAUAAAACAAAACACUUCUAAUACAGUUCUUAGAUAACGUAAACUUGUAAAGACUAAACAGUAUGAUGUUGGCUAAUCGUGUGGCCAUUGCGUUCCAUAAAAAUGUGCAUUUCUACAAGCGGAUCCGCGUGACCAAGUCCUGGAAGGAUGCCGGCGGCUAUGAGGACAAGCGAGUGCCGAGCCCAAUCGGUUGCAUGUCUAGCGUUGGUCAGUUUCGCCAUUUCGCGAUAAAGUGCGACGAGAACUGCGCAGUGAAGGGCGUGGUGAUAGGCGUGUACAGCAAGGAGGGCGAGCGGGAGCCGAAGUUGACGUCCAGCGGGGAGAAGUUCGACGAUCGGGCACAGGGUAAGAUCUCGGAUUUGGUGCGCGAGACACAGAUGAGGGGUGAGCUGGGCAAGGGAAUGGUCUUCAUGAAUGUGGACCCAGAGUUUAGUGCCGUUGCCGUGGUGGGACUGGGCCAGGAGGGUGCCGGGUACAAUGACCUGGAGAUGAUUGACGAGGGCAUGGAGAAUGCACGUGUCGCCGCCGGCGUGGGCGCUCGCGCCUUGCAGUUGCAGGGCGUGAACGAGGUCUAUGUGGACUCCAUGGAAUAUCCAGAGCAAGCAGCCGAGGGCAGCGCCCUGGCCAUUUGGCGCUACAAUAGCAAUCGCCGGAAGCAGGAUCGCACACAAAUACCCAAACUGGAGCUGUACGAUUCACCRGAAAUGGAUGCCUGGACACGCGGUCUCUUCAAGGCCGAGUCACAGAACCUGGCCCGACGCUUGAGCGAUUCGCCGGCCAACCAGAUGACGCCGACCAUAUUCGCCCAGUCCACGGUGGACGCCCUGUGCCCGUGCGGUGUUAGCGUCGACAUACGCUCCAUGGACUGGAUCGAGGAGAAUCGCCUCAACUCGUUUCUGAUGGUCGCCAAGGGCAGCUGCGAGCCGCCCGUCGUGCUGGAGGUGAACUACUGCGGCACUGCGCCCGAGGACAAGCCCAUCCUGCUGCUGGGCAAGGGCAUCACCUACAACAGCGGCGGCCUCUGCCUGCGCCCCAAGAAGUGCAUGCAGCUCUAUCGCGGCUGCAUGGCCGGCGCCGCUGUCUGCGUGGCGACCAUUCGAGCGGCAGCUGCACUGUCGCUGCCCCUGAACAUCAGUGCAGUGCUGCCGCUCUGCGAGAACAUGCCGUCGGGCAUGGCGGUGAAGCCGGGCGACGUGGUCACCCUGCUGAAUGGCAAGACCAUGGGCAUCAAGGAUGUGAGCAAGGCGGGCGUGGUGGUGAUGGCUGAUCCACUGCUCUAUGCCCAGGCGAACUUCAAGCCGCGCCUCGUCGUGGACAUCGCGACCAUGAGCUAUGGCGUCUGCUGUGGUCUCGGCGGCAGCGCGGCGGGCAUCUUCAGCAAUUCAAAUUUCGUUUACAAGCAAUUCGAGAAGGCCGGCGGCCUCACCGGCGAUCGUCUGUGGCGUCUGCCUCUAUGGAAUUACUUUAAGCGCCUCAUCUCGCCCAAUCUCACCUACGACAUCAAUAAUCGCGGCCGCGGACCCGCCUCCAGCUGCAUCGCUGCCGCCAUACUCCACGAGCUGGUGCCGUGCGUGGACUGGGCCCACCUCGACAUCCGCAACGUGGGCAUGAUAACUCAAUAUGCGCCGCUACCCUAUUUGCUGCGCGACCGCAUGACGGGUCGCCCCACUCGCACCAUCAUCCAGUUCCUAUACCAGAUGGCCUGUCCAGACAACAAGUAGUUGGGCCAGGUGCGCCUACUUGGAGACAUGGAGUUUCCUUGAUUUCAUUUAAUUUCUUUUUUUUAAUUAUUAUUAUUUUGCCUGUCUCGUUAUUUAUUUAUUUAUUUCCAAAUUAUUCGUUAUCAAUUGACCUGUUAAAGUGGCGGGAUCAGAGAGAGGGGGCACUAAGCUCAAAAUUGUAUUGUCCACAUGUCAAGAGUGUUGGGAAAAUGUGUAAAUGUUUUCGUCAGAAUUCUGAGUGUAUAUAAAUAAAAUUUACUGCUGCAUGUAUCUUUUGA